AUGCCAAAUACUGUUACCUAUAAUUGCUUGAUUUAUGGGUUUGGCAAAGCUGGCGAAAUUGAGAGGGCACAAGAGCUCUCUGAUCAGAUGAACAAGGAAAAAGUAUUUCCUAAUGCAAUCACCCUUACUACUUUGGUUGAUGGCUUGUGCAAACAUGGGAGGAUCAAUAGUGCAGUUCAGUUCUUCAUUAAAAUGCGAAGUGAAGGUCUGAAAGGCAGUGCUGCGACGUUUACAACCUUGAUUGAUGCUUUUUGUAAUGUUAACAAUAUUGAUAAAGCAAUGGAACUUUUCGAUCAAAUGUCGAAGGAUGGAUGCUACCCAGAUGCAUAUGUUUAUUAUAAAUUAAUAAAUGGUUUGAGCAAAGCUGGAAGGAUGGAUGAUGCCAGCUCUGCCGUAUCAAUGUUGAAAGAAGCUGGAUUCUGCCUCGACAUUGUGCGCUACAAUGUUCUCAUUGGUGGGUUCUGUAAGAAGAACGAAUUGGGUAAAGCUUAUGAGAUGCUCAAAGAAAUGGAACAAGCAGGAGUUCAGUCUAAUACUGUCACAUAUACCACCGUGAUUUCCUAUUUGAGCAAAACUGGAAACUUCGCAGCCGCCCAUAGAAUUAUGAGAAAGAUGAUUAAGGAGGGUCUUGUGCCCACAGUUGUGACGUAUUCAGCACUGAUACACGCAUACUGCUUAUAUGGCAAAAUUGAAGAAGCAAUGAAGAUUUUCAGAGAUAUGAGCUCUUCGACAAAGGUUCCUCCCAACAAUGUAAUAUACAGUAUUCUAAUAAAUUCUCUUUACAAAAAGAAUGAAGUAGAGCUUGCUCUUUCUCUGAUGGAUGAAAUGAAAGUCAAGGGGGUAAGGCCUGAUGUUAUUACAUUCAAUGCUAUGUUCAGAGGUCUGCGAGAGAGAAAUUUCUUGGAGAAAGCAUUUGACCUCAUGGACAGAAUGGUUGAACAGGGAUGUAAUCCUGAUUACAUAACCAUGGAGGUACUUACCGAAUGGCUUCCUGCAGUAGGUGAAACGGGAAAGUUGAAAAAUUUUGUUCAAGGAUACAAAGUUUAUGUUUCUACUGCAUAG